AUGUCUUAUCGCACAGCAUCCAGCACUUCUGAGUCCCAGACGACGAAGGCGACUGAUCAGCAACAGCAGCUACUCAAUCUUUGUGUUGCUCAGGGAGGCAUCACUGCUGCUUGCAUAGCUAUGAGUGCUAUCAAGUACGGCUCGUUUCAAUCCAACAGGGGUCCAUCAAUUUCUGACUUUCAGAACUUCCAAUGCAAGCUCGCUCAAUUCUGUCACAAUGAUAUGGGUGGGGCGCCAAACACCUCGCUUGCAUGCCUCGCUGCUGAUGGGGGAGCUGAGUUUCUCUUCACCUCAAACUUCAGGAAGGAGGCCCAGCUCGAAGAGAUUAAAAGAGGUCUCGAAGAGUUGCUGCGAUUUGCUGCCACCAAUCCUGACAACCUAAACGCUAAGCCACUCGAGAAAAUGAUUCUGUGGCGUUUUCUUGAGUUCUGCUUCAAGAGGGUUGAUGGAUAUUUCAACACACUGUCUAGAACUCUCGAUGAAUGCAUCCAUGAGUGCGAAUCGGCCAAUGAAUCUACAGUUACCCAGCAGCUGCGCGAAUUGGAGUCUAGAGUCGAAUUUCCACGGGAGAUGACUGAGACAGCGAGGAACAAGAUCCUCACCGAUUGCGAGACUUUUAUAAAGGCUAUCGAGGCGAGCAAGAACGGCAGCCUUGGCGGAGAGAUUGACCGCCGUGCCAAGCAGGAUGACCAUGACCAGGCUUACAAAUGGUGCGAACUCCGGCAUUGUCUGGGGCGCCUCUACUCAUAUCGUCAGGCCGCCGAUGCCGUCGUCAAGGCAACAACGAAAUGGCCUGAACUUUUCAAGAGCUUCAAAGUCGCAUACAUUCCCUCUGCAAAACAAAAGAAGGUCGUGUCACCCAUGUCGGGGAAAUUGACAGACGUACUUCACUGCGCUUUUCCUGAGUACGACCUAGACGUGUUCCAAGCCGAUGUCUCUGAGCUUCAGAAAUACGGGCUGGAAUUGGAGAUCUGUAAACAAACCUUAAAGAGGAACACUAAGACUUUCAUUCACGCAGAAGUCCAUAUGCACGACUAUCUCACCAGAGUGAGAAACGUCAAGGCGUCGGACUUUUGGGACGGCACCAUGUUCAUCGCAACCAGCAAACCGGUUUGCCAGCUUUGUCACUUCUAUUUCCAGAACGACGAUAAUGAGUUCAGCGUCCAGCCUCCACACAUGAACUUGUAUCCCAAGUGGCGCGUUCCCGAUGAUACCAGCGAAGAGGUGCUGGAAGACCUCAUCGACAAGAUGCAGAUGAACACGCUAAAGCUGAUUACAGACAAGCAACCCUCCUACAAAAGGCACGAUUCCAGAACCGAUUCUCGGGGAUGUCAGACCAGAUCGACGCACAGAACUGUGUUUGACCGUUCCGGUGCCCCUUCUCCUCUGGACGGGCGCAGUAGUCAACCUGGCAUAAGGCCAGGGGGCUAUCACCAUGUACCCCCACCACCCAACGAAGUGUUUGAUGACACUAUCCCGUUGGGAAGUGAUACGGAGGAUUUUGGAGCUGUAGGAGACAGAAGGGCUUCGGCAAUGAACGGAGGGUCAAUGAUAGGGGUAGGCUAUUAG